GCCCGCCUCUCGCCGCCCUCCUUCUCCUCCUUCUCCUCCUCCUUCUCCCAGGCCCGCCCGCCGCUGCGAGCAGCUUGAGAGGAAACAAAGUGCAGCGGGGCGGGAGACUCGCGUCGGCGGCGAAGCUACCCUGACGGCCUGCGGGCUGCCCCGGCCUUCUUCCCGCGCACACGCGCGCGUGCGUUUGCGAGUGGUGCGUGUUCACCCACAAAGGGCGUCUCGCCGGCGAUCGGGCUCUCUCCGCGGCCCUCCCGCCUCGCUCUUUGUGCGGUAGCCACCGCCACCGCCACCGCCACCUCCGCCGCCGCCGCCGCCAUCCCAGGUGCGCUCGGUCCCCGCCGGCCUGUGGUCUGUCCCUUCGAUCCCGCCGCCCGCCAUGGCGACCGCGACCCCCGUGCCGCAGCGGGCGGGCAGCCGCGCCAGCGCCCCCUCCACGCCGCUCAGCCCCACGCGCCUGUCGCGGCUGCAGGAGAAAGAGGAGCUGCGCGAGCUCAACGACCGCCUGGCGGUGUACAUCGACAAGGUGCGCAGCCUGGAGACGGAGAACAGCGCGCUGCAGCUGCAGGUGACCGAGCGCGAGGAGGUGCGCGGCCGGGAGCUCACCGGGCUCAAGGCUCUCUACGAGACCGAGCUGGCCGACGCACGCCGCGCUCUCGACGACACGGCCCGAGAGCGCGCCAAGCUCCAGAUCGAGCUGGGCAAGUUCAAGGCCGAGCACGACCAGCUGCUGCUCAAUUAUGCUAAGAAGGAAUCGGAUCUUAAUGGAGCCCAGAUGAAGCUUCGAGAGUAUGAGGCGGCGCUGAACUCUAAGGAUGCAGCGCUGGCUACUGCCCUUGGUGAUAAAAAGAGUUUAGAGGGAGAUUUGGAGGAUCUGAAGGAUCAGAUUGCCCAGCUGGAAGCAUCUUUAUCCGCUGCUAAAAAGCAGUUAGCAGAUGAAACUUUACUUAAAGUGGAUUUGGAGAAUCGUUGUCAGAGCCUUACCGAGGACUUGGAGUUUCGUAAAAAUAUGUACGAAGAGGAGAUCAAUGAGACAAGGAGGAAGCAUGAGACCCGUUUGGUGGAGGUGGACUCUGGGCGUCAGAUUGAGUAUGAGUACAAGCUGGCGCAGGCUCUGCAUGAGAUGAGAGAGCAGCAUGAUGCUCAAGUGAGGCUGUACAAGGAAGAGCUGGAACAAACCUACCAUGCCAAGCUGGAGAAUGCCAGGCUGUCCUCAGAGAUGAACACUUCCACUGUCAACAGUGCCCGGGAAGAACUGAUGGAGAGCCGCAUGAGGAUCGAGAGCCUCUCCUCACAGCUUUCUAACCUGCAGAAGGAGUCUAGAGCGUGUUUGGAAAGGAUUCAAGAGUUGGAGGACAUGCUUGCUAAAGAGAAAGACAACUCUCGCCGCAUGCUGUCUGACAAAGAGAGAGAGAUGGCGGAGAUAAGGGACCAGAUGCAGCAGCAGCUGAACGAUUAUGAACAGCUGCUUGACGUGAAGCUGGCCCUGGACAUGGAGAUCAGCGCCUACAGGAAACUCUUAGAAGGCGAGGAGGAGCGGUUAAAGCUCUCUCCGAGCCCUUCCUCCCGGGUGACCGUGUCCCGAGCGUCGUCCAGCCGCAGUGUCCGUACCACUCGGGGAAAGCGGAAGAGAGUGGACGUGGAAGAGUCGGAGGCCAGCAGUAGUGUCAGCAUCUCCCACUCGGCCUCAGCCACCGGGAAUGUGUGCAUUGAAGAGAUCGAUGUUGACGGCAAGUUCAUCCGCUUGAAGAACACUUCUGAGCAGGAUCAACCAAUGGGAGGCUGGGAGAUGAUCCGAAAAAUUGGAGACACAUCAGUCAGUUACAAAUAUACCUCAAGAUAUGUGCUGAAGGCAGGCCAGACCGUUACAAUAUGGGCUGCAAAUGCUGGAGUCACAGCCAGUCCUCCAACGGACCUCAUCUGGAAGAACCAGAACUCUUGGGGCACUGGUGAAGAUGUGAAGGUCGUACUGAGAAAUUCUCAGGGAGAGGAGGUUGCUCAGAGAAGUACAGUCUUUAAGACAACCAUACCUGAAGAAGAAGAGGAGGAGGAAGAGCCCAUUGGAGUGGUUGGUGAGGAGGAGCGUUUCUACCAGCAGGGAGCCCCAAGAACAUCCAAUAGAAGCUGUGCCAUUAUGUGAACCUGUCACUCACCUGUCUUCAGAGACAGAAGCAUGGUAAUCCUGGAUACAGUGCAGAGCCUUCUCAGAAGCACAGGAUAUUUUUGUAUUUCCUUUAUGUGAAUUUUUAAGCUGCGAAUCUGAUGGCCUUAAUUUCCUUUUUGACACUGAAAGUUUUGUAAAAGAAAUCCUAUCCAUACAUGUUGUUGCAAGAUGUGAAUAUUGACACUGAACUAACUGUACUGUUUGGAAAGGGGCCCUCAAGGUUUGGCAUUUUUUUUGUAUGUGUGUAUGUAUUUUUUUUUUUUUUUUUUUUAAAGUUCUUUUAAGGAAGGGUGGGGAGGGUAAGUAUACCACUGCGGGUCCGGGCAUCAUUUGAAGACUGCUCUAUCUAGUUGGGCAGUCUGCUCUUGACCAUUCUCUGCUCUAUAUUAAACGGUGCUGUUCGGGAGGGGAAAGCAAUUUUUUCAACAUAUUCAACUUUUGUAUGGAAUUUUGUAAUAAGUGAUCAAGGUUAUAAAUUUUUUUUUAGGUAGAAAAGAGAAGACAAUUUUUGUAAGGAGGCAAUAUUAAUGUAGCCAUCAUGUCAGCACUCUGGAUGGAGGUUUAAAAAAGCUGUGUGUGUUCGGAUACUUCUCUCAAUUCUUGAUUCACGAGGGGAUGGGGCAGGUGGGGAUGGGGGGGAUUCUCUUCAAAUGCUCUAGUUGUGUUUUUUAAGAUAGUGUAACAUGCUUAAAUUUCUUAUGCGACAUUAACAAAUAAAAAGCUGUUUUACUGUUA